CUCACGCCCAAAGGGCUGGUGGGAUUCCGAGAGACGCCCCGAGAGAACCCAAAGAGGGUAAAAUCGUAAAAUCGUUUCCGUAGCCAUUUUGGCUCAAGCAAUUUUGGCGCAAGCCAAAUUAGUCAGCAAACAGUUCAACUUGUCUCGUCACCACACCUGCGCUCUUCUCCGGGAAUAUCCCCCGCGGGCUUUGCUCUCCGAUGGCGGCGCCAGCGUUCGAUGAGUCUUGGCGCUUAGACCCGAUAUUGGCGGGUGGCGUGGCGCCACCAUGCGGAGCUGAAUUUACGCGCUUCGUACCGCCGACGUUCAGCGCCCACGGGUGCGGGCCAUUGUUCUCUCGCAAGGUUGGCGUCGUGAGGGCCCGCGCACCACAUCCCGAGGACCUGGACGGCCUGCAGCGCGGGAUGGUGGCGUCCGCGGAGCCAAUCGCUUCGCGCGGCCCUGUCGGCGCAGAGGUGGGCGGCCCAGAGCGCGCGAUGGGGGUGCUCGCGGAGCCGGAUGCCUCGCGUGGCCCUGACAGUGCUCGUGCAAAUUCGCUUGGGGCAGGCUUGGACGGGUCCGUGAUCUUGAGAGGUGCGAUCGGGGCAGCGAUGGUGGCUUUGCGCUGGAAGCUGAUCGGCAAGUCCUCCGCUCAGAGUUUCUCUGAGAUCAACACGGAGACCACGCUAGUUGCGCCGGCCUCGCCACCACGGGCCGUGUUCAAAUUCAGAGCUCGGUCAUACGUCGCGGCACGUGCGCAGAAAGGAGACCAGCCGCGCAAGGCAUAGUUGAUAUGUUUCGUCACGCGGUGCAGAAGCCACCCGCACUUGUGGAUAACGAGGGGGCCGUUCUGCCGGCAGGUGCCCAGAGAAGGGUG